AGGAUGAUGGUGGAGCGUGUCGAGGACCAUCUCUUCAUGUAUCGACGUCCCGUUUACCGGGUCUUCCAGUACCUCGAAACCACCGACCAUGAGGGGAUGAGCACUGGCGUGGGAGAUGGAGGUGGAGGCGGCGGGGGUGGCGUACAAGGAAGUGGUGGCGGUAGAAGUACACCACCCCAUGGAUCGCCUACCCCGAUGGACAAGGCGACACUCAAGGUCCAUCUGCCUAACGGUGGUUUCAACGUGGUGAAAUUCGGUGACGCGAUCGACGUCAGGGGCAUCAUCUCCCUGGUAACUAGUCGAUUAGCAGUGGGCACCAGACACUACAGAAACCUCUACGCCAUGAGGCUGCAUCACCCUGGUUCGGGGGAGAGCUACUGGUUGCACCAAGACACAACCAUGUAUCAGGUUCAAGAGAAGUACGAGAAGAAACAUCCUCACUGCGAAUGGAGGUACGAAUUAAGGGUACGAUAUCUGCCGCAAAAUCUGAACGAUCUAUACGAGAAGGAUAAAGUAACGUUCUACUAUUACUACGAUCAGGUUCGAAACGAUUACCUCUGCGCGAACCACUCAGCCCUAGACCAAGAUGUCGCAGUACAACUGUGCUGUCUGGAGAUUCGCUACUUCUUCAAAGACAUGCCACAGAUCGCACUUGACAAGAAGAGCAAUCUCGAGUACCUAGAACGAGAGGUCGGUCUGCACAAGUUCUUACCGCGGUCCGUGUUGAAUGGAAUGAAACCAAAGGCGCUGCGCAAGCUGAUACAGCAACACUUCAAGAAGGUGGCCGCGUUGUCAGAGCUGGAAUGCAUGUACAAGUUCUUUGACCUCCUGAGAGCGCACUACAGAUUCGACCAGGAAAGGUUUAUAUGUGCUUUGGGGUCUAGCUGGUCUAUACCUGUAGAACUAGUCAUUGGACCAGAUUUAGGCAUAUCGUACAUGGCUCACAGAGGUGGAACAGUGCCAACAAGAAUGGCAGAGUUUUCCCAGAUACAGUCUAUCCAGACACUCGUGUCAGACUGUAAAGAACACGCGAAGGCGUGCAUUAAAUUAAGAGUAGCUGGGGCCGCGGAAACGCUUAGUAUAACUUGCUCGAGUCUGGACCAAGCGGAGAGUCUCGCGGAUCUAAUCGAUGGAUACUGUAGGCUAGUUACCGGAAGCAACACCUCGUUGUGGAAUAGAAAAGCUGCAUCGUGGAAAAACUAUCCCUGUCCAUGCAAAGAUGCUCAUCCACCCAAGUCCAGGCAAGAUGGUUCCAAUAGUCCAGAGAAGAACGUGAGCAAAACGGGGACUAUUUUGUCAGAGGAUUACGCGGAAAUCGUAGACGAAGAAGGGGAUUAUUCGACGCCAGCUACCAGAGAUUAUGAGAUAGUGAGAAAUCAAGUGGAAUUAGGUGAAAUCAUUGGUGGUGGGCAAUUUGGUAAUGUACUUAAGGGUUCGUACAAAGGACGAGACAACCAAACCAUAGCUGUAGCAGUGAAAACCUGUAAAAUCGACGCAGAUCUCGCAACUUCGGAGAAAUUCCUCGAAGAAGCCUAUAUAAUGCAACAAUUCGAGCAUCCUCAUAUCAUAAGAUUAAUUGGCGUGUGCUCGGAAGCACCAAUUUGGUUGGUGAUGGAAUUGGCCAGGUUAGGGGAAAUGCGAGCUUAUCUGCAAUCCAACAAACACCGUCUGGACCUCGCCACUCUUCUACUUUACACGUUUCAACUGAGCACUGCCUUAUCAUACCUUGAGAGCAAGAAAUUUGUACACAGAGACAUUGCUGCAAGAAACGUGCUAGUCUCUUCGCACAACUGCGUAAAAUUAGCAGAUUUCGGCCUCAGCAGGUGGGUCGAGGAACGAAAUUAUUAUACAGCGAGUAAAUGUAAGUUACCCAUUAAAUGGAUGGCACCGGAGAGUAUCAAUUUCCGGAGAUUCACAACGUCUUCUGAUGUCUGGAUGUUUGGUGUGUGCAUGUGGGAGAUUUUAAUGCUGGGUGUGAAGCCGUUCCAAGGUGUGAAAAAUAGUGAAGUGAUCCGUAAGCUAGAAAACGGAGAGAGACUUGCGCUUCCAAAUCACUGUCCACCACGAUUAUAUUCUUUGAUGUCUCAAUGUUGGAGUUACGAGCCUAGUAAACGACCAACGUUCAAAGAGAUCAGAGAAACAUUGCAUGAGAUUUUGUUGGAAGAAAAACACCAACAGCAAGAAACGAUGAGACGAGAGAACAGGAGAGUGCAAGCCAUGUCUUGGGGCGCAGACGACGUACCGCCGCCGAAACCUUCGAGGCAACCGCAAAACACGACGGAUCAAUCUCAGCUAACCGCCGCAGCACCAGUUUCGACAUAUAUCGUGGCGCAAAGCCCUGAGGUUCUUGCACAACUUCUCAAGGAUAAUCAAACUAGGGGGGUAUGUCCCUCCGUCUACACAACACCCGCCUCGCCCUUCAAUACCUUAGCAGUACAGUUCCAAGACGAAGAUCAAGUCUUAACCACCGCCUUAGUUUCAGAUCUACCCUUUUUCGAUCCAGCUAUCUCAGAACCUUCCGUCUCUCACGACACACACUCAGGAGAUUCCACUUUAUCCGAUAUUAACCUAGACUCCCUCGAUUCUUCAGAUACUCCUCUCAUGUCCAGCCUGAACAUUUCAGAGGCGACACAAGCGCAGUCCCCAGCUGCGAAUAGAAAACAGCAGAAGGUUAAAGAGAUGCAAAAUUUGUACGCGGUCAGCUCGAAAGUGGUCGGUAGCAUUACCGGAGACUUGUAUUCUCCCGUACAGAAAUUUACUACGUCCAGCGCUGUUCCCAUUACAACUAGCACGGCUACUUGUGGCGAGAUAUACGGGCCAGUCGCUAAUUUCACGCAAAGCUCCGCUAUCGUCGGUAAUCUUAGCCAAAGUCCCAGCGUAGGUGGUAAUUUCGGUGAGAAUCCCGGCAACUAUGGACCUAGUAGCUUGAACAGUAUCAUAGUAUCAAACAGUCAGAGUCAGUCGUCCAAUUUCGGUCAGUUCUCUGCUAGUAACGCGAGUCAAGUGUUCAGUCAACCCAUCGGUCAACAACCGGUCAGUCAAAGUUCUAGUUGCGUACAGAAUCCUGCCGGUGCUGGGGCGUAUUCCCGUGUACCAAUCGCUAGUUCAUGCAACGUUUCUAUACCCACAUCUAACGCCGAAUGCCUGUACGGUCCAGUACUAAAAUUCCGAGCGCAGAACAUUCAGAAUCAAAACGCAACCGAGUUGAAACCCGUGAAUGCGUCCGUUGCAUCUGCCAUGCCCAGUACAAGGGGCAAUUUAGCACACACCUCGACCUCAGGGCAAAAUCUGCAAGCUCAACCGCUGAUGCACGCCCAAAAUUAUCAGCAUCAGCAAAUCUAUUCGAAUAUUAGUCACUCGGCAUCGCAGCCAAUGUACUUGCCGCAGUCACAGCACGUGCAAAACAUCCAGAGACAGAAUCCCAUUCUUCAACCCGUUUCUUAUAUCCCGGCGCAACACACGAAUCAACCGAAUCAGGCGACCGGUGCAAACCCAAUUUACACGGCCCAUGCGACUUCGGUUACGGUCGUGCAAGCUCAGAAGGUUCAGGGCCCGGUAUACGUGCAACAAAUGCAGCAGGCUGGAAUCGCGAGUCACGUACCGAUUUCUCAAGCGACCAGCGUGAAUCAGCAAUUAUCCUACGAGAUAGCACAGAAUCAUCCCGUUCAAGUGCAUUACGCGGCAUCAAGUGGCGCGAUUCCACCGACUAACCAGCAACAUAUUCAUCCAAGCACGUCUAACAUCGUGAUCGGGCAACAACCAACUUCCAUUAUCGCCACGCAGCACGGCCAGGCGCAGUGUAACGUUACGAAUCUGCUAACGAGCAACACGGUGAACGCAACCCAGUAUAUAGUACAGCCAGUGAUGCAAGCGGGAAUCAUAAGAUCGAGCACACCUCAAUUAGCGACUGGUGUCGCGAAAAUCACCACGUUCGUAAGCCAAAAACAAGAUGAGCAGCUAACAAGCUCGACAGAUGGCACGCUCUCCGGGUCACUGAUCUCUUCAGCUGUCAGUGACAGCACUAUGUCAUCGAGCAGCUCGAUGACAGAGGAGGCACAGCAAGAUCAGAGGAACGUACAGUCGCAAUUGUUCGAUAGCAUUACGGAGAACUUUGGUGGUGGUGUCGACGACGAGCAAAAAUUGUUAGAACAACGACUGUUGGAGCAACAACGUCAAUCUGAAGAAGAUAGUCGUUGGUUGGCAAGGGAAGAGAAACGUCUGUCUAUUGCAACAAGUGGAGACGAAAGUGCAAGCCCUCCAGUUCCUCGUUCGGUUACACAAUCACCAAAUCAUGAACAACAUAGUGCCAAUACUGGUUCAAUAGGUUCUGAUAAGAGUGGCGAGAAAGUAAUUGUUGUAAAGAAAAUGGAACCUACACCUACUGCAGAUUUAGAUAGAACCAACGACAAGGUGUACGAUUGUACUACCAGCGUAGUUCGUGCCGUGAUGUCUCUCUCUCAAGGUGUUCAACAGAGCAGGGCUGACCAAUAUUUGGAAUUAGUACGUAAAGUGGGGAUCGAAUUGAGGGCACUACUUUCAUCCGUGGAUGCUUUAAUGGACGUAUUGCCUAUGUCUGCUCAUCGAGAAGUAGAAAUGGCACAUAAAGUUCUCAGCAAAGACAUGGCAGAACUUGUAACCGCUAUGAAACAAGCUCAAAGAUAUAGUGCUACUACUUUGGAUGCAGAAUAUCGAAAAGGAAUGCUAUCAGCAGCUCACAUCUUAGCAAUGGACGCAAAAAAUCUUCUAGAUGUAAUCGAUUCGAUACGCAUUCGCUAUCCAUACGUAGACAGUCAUAUUUGCCAGAAGCAAAAUAAUAUUAAUGUUCCGCAAGAAUCCACGCCAGAAAGUCGUAUUCGUUCCAGUCAAUCUGGAGAACAAUUUCUGAGGAGAAGUCAGUCGAGUGAACGUCAAGGGACGACGUUCAGACAGAGCCAAAGUGGUGAUCUCUUACAUAGAAUGGGUCAGUCCGUUGAUCGUUCGUUGCAGGGUAGCCAAACUGACGUUAGUACUGGCUCUAGUUUAGAAAGAAGGCAUCAUAUUGUCACUAACAGUCUCGAACGUAAUUCGACAACAAGAAGACAAAUGGCGACGAAUAGUUUAGAAAGAAAAAGACCAUCGCUAUCGUGUAAUAUCAGUCCCAUGAAUAAUUCUGUUAAUCUUCCGCCAAUGGUACCAGUUACCUGCAAUUUAGUCCAAACAGUUGGACCUGUCAUUCAUCCGAGUCAGACAGGUACAACAGGUAUUAAUCAACAGUCAGUGUUUGCACCUAAUAAUAAAGCGACAAAUGAAAGUGCGACAACUGAUAGCUAACAACGAAGUGCCUUGCAUUAAGGAAAACUUCGAAGAAAUAAUUGUAUGUACAUAGGCUACAUCGUACAAGUUACCCAUUUACAUCUCACGCAUAACUCAGCAGCAGGAGAUUUAGUAUUUGUGCUUUAUAGCUCUUUUUAACAUUUAACAGACUUUGUCUAAACGUACUUAUAGAUAGGACAGUAUUCGUUAGAUGUAGAGGUAGAAUUAUUACUAAAACGCGUAAGUCACAGCUAUAAAGAAAUCACUCCAAAGCUUUAGAAUUAUUGUUAAUUUGUUAUCGUAUGACAA